AUGGUGACCGUGUACGUGUCAGUCCUAUGUGGCGAGGCGGCUGCUGCUUUGUACUUCGCGCACAAGCACGAAGUCGUGCAACUAAACCAACGAACUUGGUCUGCAAUUCGAGUCGUGAAAGCGUUCCAAGCUGGCUUGGAUAGAAGGGAGCCGAGUUUGACGGGAACAUCAGCGGCACGACUUCGAGAAAUCAGUCGACAACUGAGACUCCAAACGGAAAGCGAGGCGCGAACACGCUCGGCUUCUCGCGGUAACAUCAAAGGUGGAGGAUCGAACAAUACGGCACUGUAA